ACCCUUUGCAAUUUUUUGUCAUUGAAAACGAUUGCAGCUAUACAAAUUCACUGAAAAAUUUUCCCAGUCACAAAAAAUUUCCAACUCUCAUUUUCUCUUUCCUCAGUUUUCUCACUCUACAAAUCCAUUUCUCUUCACUUCAAGAUUUGUGUGGCACUGCAAAUUCUCUCAGUGAAAUCAUGCAUUUGAGUAAUGUUGCUCGAGUAACAUAAUCCUGGCUGCAGAAGUUCUUUGAAGGGAAGACAUAGACGAGGUUAUAUUCCUUGUGUCCUAAAGAAACUUCCAAUUUCCUCAUAUUUCUCGCACGCCAAAUUGUUCUUCGAUGUCAGAAACUGACAUGGCAGUUAUUAAACCUGAGAUGAUGAAGCCUUAUGUGUGGCUUCAAACGUCCGAUGAUUCAAUCCAACAAGUGGAACAAGAGAUUGCGAUGUUUUGUCCAUUUAUAUGUCAAGAAAUAAUACAAAAAGGCAUGGGAACUUCCAAGAAUUGUGCAAUAUGUCUUCCUCAACAAGUCAGUCCUGCAAUGUUGAGCUUAAUUCUUGAUUACUGUCGAUUUCAUCAAGUACUAGGCCGCUCAAACAAGGAACGGAAGGCUUAUGAUGAGAAAUUCGUUAGGAUAGACACAGAGAAGCUAUGCGAGUUGACGUCUGCUGCCGACAGCCUUCAGUUAAAGCCAUUGGUUGAUCUUACCAGUCGUGCUCUAGCUAGAAUAAUUGAAGGAAGAUCACCGGAGGAGAUACGUGACAUAUUUCAUUUGCCUGAUGAUCUUACAGAGGAAGAAAAAUUGGAGCCCUUGAGGAACAUAACUGACGACCCAAGAAUUAGGCUUUUGAACCGCUUGUAUGCCAAGAAGAGGAAAGAACUUAAAGAGCGUGAAAGGAUAAAGAAUGUUGAAGUUGAAGAAGAACAUGUUGAUGAGCGUUCAGUUGAUGACCUUUUAUCUUUUAUUAAUGGAAAUGAUAGAGAUCCGAAGGGGAUUAAAACUUCUAAGAAUAAAAAGAAGAACCGAAGGAAAAAAGACCAACAGAAGAAUUCUUCUUCGAAGGAGGAAGUAUCUGUACCAGAUAAGAAGGAGGUGGUAAACGGCCAUAAUAUCAGACACCAAAGUUCGGAAGCUGAGGGACCGUGUGAGACCUCAAAUUUACACCAUACAUAUGAUGAUCCUAUGCUUGAGUUCGAUGAUGAUGAUACAGAUGAUGAGAUUGAUCCAGCAUUAAAAGCAAAAAUUGACAGGGAAGUAGAAGAUUUUGCCCGCAGAUUAAAUUGUGACUGGCCAGAGAGAAUAAAAGACUUUUUCUCGUCAGCGCAAGAAAGGAAGACGAUGCUUUCUACUACCAACGGGAAUGGUUUUCUAAGGCGACAUGCUUGACUCUGCUUUCAGAAUGAAGAUGAAUCCUCCCAGAUGGCCAUUGGCUUGAAAAUUUUGAGAGAAGCUGGCAAGCACAAGGAAAUUUGUUGCAUGUCAUUUGUUUUUCUUUUUUUGUUGUUAGGGGAAUUUUAACGAGUAACCUCGGGACACUUGUUAAGGAUUCAAAAUAAAGUAUUAAAAGAAAAAUAAAGCUCCUCAAGUUUAUUUUUGGAUUGUCAAAUAUUUUAUUUUUCUCAUUCUUUAACAAGUGUCCUUGGCAUCUUUUGUUUUGUUUUUUUUGCAGUUCAUUUUUAUUUGCUUCUAUCUUGUACAUGGAAUUCUUUUUUUUCUUUCGCGUUUGCAUUAAUUUGCACAAUGAAUAGGAGUUUCAAUGUAAAAAUUGGAGUCAAUAUCAUGUGAAUAUGUGAUCAUGGAUGUCUGAAUUUUGUUUUA